UCUGCAGCUGCACAUGGCAGUGAAUGAAGAGAUGGAAGAAUGGGUGGAAGGUCCUUUGUGGAUCUGAACUCCUGAGCAACUGGACAUCUAUAGGCAGAAACACAGUGCCUCAGAUGGGCUAGAAUGGAGCUGCUUCUCUUCCUGAGACUCCAGCCGUUUCUAUUGGACGAGUCACCAUCUCUUUAAAGAAAGCCUCGACCCCCACAUCUUGCUAUAUUCUCUGAGCGGGCCAGGCAGACUGGGAGCAUUUCCUCCCGAAUCAGAGGCUAUCUGGUGCAAGUUUCCUUCCAGCUAUUCUAGUCCUUGCAAAGCAAUGGAGGAGACUGAAGCGGCAAACCUAGAGGAUACACACAGUGAAUGAAAAACAGCACAAAUGUUCCCAGUUUCCUCUUCUGGAGUUGUGAUGUCUGGGUUCUGCUGACACUGGGCACAUUCAGGAAAAUGGGACUGAAAAAGAUUUGUCUCAUAGCCUCCUUUUUGCAUCUGACAGGAGCAAUUCUGGAUAUAACCUUGAUAGCCAAUGUCCUGAGCCCCUCGCACACCAGCUUCUACCUCUCCUGUGUGACCAGUGAGCAGAAUGUGAGCCUCCUUCUUGAGAGAGACAAUAGAAUUGUCAUGACCCCACCCAAGUCCAAGUUCCAGAUCUACAAGAACAGCAGCAACGAGGUGCAGAUGCGCGGCUUCUCCCGUGCAGACCUGGUGGGCAUCACGUACUGCUUGGGACAGACCCCGGCAGAACAAACCAGGGUAGUGUAUGUGCACAACAACAUGAACGCCAACCUGGUCCCAGAAAAGGCAACGCAGACAGUCAGCCUCUUCCAGUCAGCUGAGCUUGUUGCCAAGAUAAAGCAUGAAAAGAACACUGAUAUUUUGUGGAAAAGGAAUGGCUCCUUCUAUCAGACCACAGACAAAUGUGAAGUGAAGGGGAACCAAUUCACUCUGUCUCUGCCAUCUGUGAGAGUGGCUGAUGGUGGGGUAUACAGUGCCUCAUUCAUGGGGGACAGUCCCUUGUCAAGUGCUUCCUACAGGCUAAUUGUGCGAGGUUGUGCUGCAAAGAAAUGGGGUGUCCUUUGUGACAAGGACUGUUCCGACUGCCUGAAUGGAGGAAUAUGCCACCAUGUUGUGGGAGAAUGCAUCUGCCCACCAGGUUUCAUGGGUACCCGCUGUGAAAAAGUUUGUAAGGAAGGCUGGUUUGGGCGGAACUGCCGGAAACAAUGUCCAGGUGAGCAGGGCUGCAGGGGGCUGGCCUUCUGCCUACCUGACCCGUAUGGCUGUUCCUGUGCUGCUGGAUGGAGUGGUCCCCAGUGUGGUUCAGCUUGCAACCAUAGGACCUAUGGCCCUGACUGUGCCCUGGAGUGUCACUGCCAAAAUGGAGGUACUUGUAACCGGUUCAGUGGUUGUAGUUGCCCAUCUGGUUGGCAUGGACAGCGUUGCGAAAAGUCAGACCGGAUCCCCCAGAUCAUCAACUUGGUCUCAUACCUGGAGUUUAAUCAAGGCUCUCAUCCUGUAAUUAGCUGUGUGGCAACAGGCAACCCGCUCCCUGUGCGUGACAGCAUCGAACUGCGCAAGGCUGAUGGAACAGUGCUCAUGCCCAUCAAAGCUAUAAUGGAAAAGGACAUGACUACCUGUGAAUUUCGGGUGCCACCACUUGUCCUCUCUGACAGUAACUUCUGGGAAUGCCGUGUCUCUACCACAGGCGGGCAGGACAGUGGCAAGUUCAAGGUCACUGUAAAAGUGCCUCCUGUCCCACUCAGCCCUCCCAGGCUUCUAGCCAAGCAAAGUCGGCAGCUUCUGAUAUCCCCUGUGGAACAUUUCUCGGGUGAUGGGCCUAUCAUCUCUGUCAAGGUUCUUUACAGGCCAAAUGAUGACACAUCUCAUUGGUCAUCCAUUGUAGUUGACAGUAUCCAGAAUAUCACCCUGAUGAACCUCCGCCCUGUCACCGCCUAUCUUGUUAAAGUUCAGCUAACACGCCCUGGGGACAGAGGAGAAGGUGCCAUGGGGCCUCCAGCUGUCAUGGUAACAGACUGCCAAGAGCCAACAGCUAAACCUGUGAUUGAAAGUUACUUUGUUGAAGGAAGAAAUACGCUUAAUGUGAACUGGAAUUUACCCAAUAGUGACAAUGUGGCCACUGGGUUCCUAGUUCGGCUCUAUGACUCAGCUAUGGUGCUCAUACAUCAGGAGAACAUCUCUUCCAUCAUUGUACAAUCUGCCAAGAUCCCAAACUUGAAGUUCAACAAGGACUACAGCCUGGAGGUGCUAGCCUAUCACUGCACCAGACUGGGACCCCCUUCUGACCUGUACAAGGUCAAGAUCAAUAGCAAAGGCCCCUCAUCCCCACGGUCUCUCUCAAUGGAGCCCCUUGCUGACAGCAACAUCCAGCUCACCUGGCAACCUCCCGAGUACCCCAAUGGUGGCAUCAUCAAGUACACUGUGGAGGUGCAACAGCUGGGGGGUAACAGUGAGCCUCAGUGGGUGGACACAGACAACGGCUGGGAGACUACAAAGAUCAUCACGAGGCUCAACGCCAGCACAUCCUACCAAUUCCGGGUGCGAGCCAAUUCUCAUGUGCCAGGCGAGUGGAGCAAGCCUGUGAAAGGUGCAAUUCUAGGUGAUGGAGCCCUGAGCCAAGUGCCCACUCUGGAAAGCAAGAAUGUGUCCCCAUCCAAUCUGGACCAGCAGUUACUGUUAGCCAUUGUGGGUUCUGUCUCUGUCACCUGCGUGACAAUACUCUUUGCCCUCCUUGCCCUUUUCCUCAUUAAGAAGAACUUCUUCCACCGGCGUCGCACUUUCACCUACCAGUCGGGAUCUGGGGAAGAGACCAUUCUGCAGUUCAACUCGGGCACACUGACUCUGAUGCGUCGGCCAAAACCACAGCCUGAGCCACUCAGCUACCCUAUUCUGGAAUGGGAAGACAUUAAGUUUGAGGACAUGAUAGGGGAAGGGAACUUUGGGCAAGUCAUCCGGGCCAUGAUCAAGAAAGACGGCCUCCGAAUGAAUGCAGCCAUCAAGAUGCUGAAGGAAUUUGCCUCCGAGAAUGACCACCGGGACUUUGCUGGAGAGCUAGAAGUUCUUUGCAAGCUGGGCAACCAUCCCAAUAUCAUAAACUUGCUGGGGGCCUGUGAGAAUAAAGGUUACCUGUAUAUCGCUAUAGAAUAUGCACCCUAUGGGAACUUGCUGGAUUUUCUGCGCAAGAGCCGAGUCCUGGAGACAGAUCCUGCUUUUGCCAGGGAGCAUGGGACAGCAUCAACCCUCACAUCCCAGCAACUCUUGCAGUUUGCAUCUGAUGUGGCCAAAGGCAUGCAGUAUUUGAGUGAGAAACAGUUUAUUCACAGAGACCUGGCUGCCAGGAACAUCCUGGUGGGAGAGAAUCUGACUUCCAAGAUUGCUGACUUUGGCCUGUCCCGAGGGGAGGAGGUCUAUGUGAAGAAGACAAUGGGCCGCUUGCCAGUUCGCUGGAUGGCCAUUGAAUCCUUGAAUUACAGUGUAUACACAACCAAGAGUGACGUAUGGUCAUUUGGGGUCCUCUUGUGGGAAAUUGUCAGCCUGGGAGGGACACCAUACUGUGGCAUGACAUGUGCUGAGCUCUAUGAGAAGCUUCCCCAGGGAUACCGCAUGGAAAAGCCCCUCAACUGUGACGAUGAAGUGUAUGAGCUAAUGCGUCAGUGCUGGCGGGACCGGCCCUAUGAACGCCCACCCUUCUCCCAGAUCUCAGUGCAGCUCGUCCGCAUGCUGGAAGCCAGGAAGGCCUACGUGAACAUGGCCUUGUUUGAGAAUUUCACCUAUGCAGGGAUUGAUGCAACAGCUGAGGAGGCAUGAGGGACCUGAACACUAACUCCCCACUUGGGGCACAAACAGGACACAUACGGAAGAGGAACCUCCAGCACACAUGCCCCAAGACAUGCCUUCACUUUGCUACAUGCUUUAUGCUGGACACAGAGCAUAAAGACACUUGGCUAUCAAAGGGGCUCCUGCACAGACUCAGCCCUCUUGCCAACUUCUCCGUUCCUAACCAUGAGGGCAUGGACAGCACACAUCACAAGUAAUGCCAGGACACUCUUAAACUACAACGAGGCACAGACAUUUAAAAAAUGGUGCCCGGGGCUGAUUUUAUUCUACUUUUCCUCCAAGGAAUUCUGAGUGGUGUGCAUUGUUUAUCCUGUCCACCGUUUUAUAGUCAAAACAACUCUGAGGGGUAAAUCUGAGAGCUUGUAACUGACCCAAGGUCACCCAGCCAUUAAUGGACAGAAGGUCACUAAAGUGAAUUAGGAUUUGAACCCAGGUCUCUCCAGUCCUAGUUCAAUUCCAUUCUUUGAGAUUGUUUCCCACAGUCUUCUGUUUCUCUUUAAUCAGGUACCUUGAGUAGUAUCGCCCAAUGUGGCCAAGCAUAUCCCCCAUAAUAUUAUAAAUUGUCACACCCUUGAUUAAUCAGAGGAGUGAUUUUUCCUCCUCCACUCAUCUUUCAUUUUUUUCUUUUUCAUGGGCUCCCCCCUUCUUCUGCAUGUUCUUCUGGAUGUUCUUCUGUUGCAGGUGAAUGUGUGUGCUGACCCUGAGCGGUGGCACAGGGGAUUUAUCCUCUGGUUAAACAUCUGAGCUGAACAGGACUGCUGUCAG